AUGGAUUUUGGAUUGCCGAACGGUUUUGUUCGCGUGCGGAAUCGGACGCCAUUCAAAGUCAACGUCAAUUUUUCAAUACGUCAAUCGAUGUGGGCGGAAGAGCAUUCACGAUGGCACCCAACCUUGGCGCGGAUUUUGGACUAUCGAACAUUUUUGAUCACGUGUGGAAAGUCAACAUCAAUUUUUCCAUACGUCAAUCGAUACGGACUGAAGAGCGUUCAAGAGCAGUCAGGCCGGCAGUAA